CUGAGCUGUGCGUGUGUGUGUGUGUGUGUGUGCGCGUGCGUGCGUGUGAGCCCGCGCGCGCGCUUACCGCAUAUCUCAGUGUCGGUGUUUGUUCAUUGUCUUAAGGGCGAGAGUUCAGAAAUUUUACUGCUGACUAUUUUUCGGAAAAGCGGAUAUUUGAAGGACUCCAGCCUCAAAGGGGAACGUAAAGAUUUAGCCAACCUAGACGCUAUAUAUUGUAAACACAGAUAAACACUAAAUAUGGGCCUUAAGUGCUGCUGACAAAGUUGAUCAUCUUUCUGCUACUUCUACUAAUUCGCAGGUAUGAUUGACUUCACACAUUUGACAUCACAAUCUAAGAUAAUCAGGUGGACCAAAGAUGACUUGUCUUACAAUUGAAAGCUGACAUUACACCUUGCAAUGUGAGAGGAUGGAUGACAUAGAAAGCUCUGUGCCUGACAGUAAUGUUUCCAAUGGAUAUGUCAACAAAGUCUUCACUGUGUCUCUGGACAUGGAGAGUGAAACAGGGAUUGUGCAAAUUCGCAAAUCCAAGGAUCUUAAGGAGUCAUUGGAUCUGGCUUCCUUUCAGAAUCCAGUCCGAGAGAAACAGGAACUGAACCGGGCAUCAAAAACCACAGGCAUUUGGAGGAUUCUCCACCACCGGAGAACGACAUCUGACCAUGAGGGACGACCUCACUCUAUGAUACUUCCAGGGGAAGCAUCUCCCUCCAAGCUGCCAUUUACUGACAAAGUAAGGGGUUUCAAAAAGUUGAAAUCCCCUUCUGUCUUUAGGGGCAAAUCUGGCAAGCUUGCCAGUAGCAAGUUACACAGUGCACGCAAGACUGAGACAAAUGAAGACACCAGAAAUGCUUCUGCUUUGUUAACCUGCCAAAGAAACCUACUCAGGAAUAAAGGCAAGAGGCACUCAUAUGCAGGUUACACUACUGAGUUUGAUUGCUCUUUUGAGGAUAUAGACUUUACUACUACAUUUGAGAAUGAGCAUCACUUACCCAAAAACACAUGCACAAAGAAAGCUCAGUCAAACUGCAACUUAUUUGUGACAGUCCAUGAAGAACACUCUGUGAAAGAUAGCCCCAAGGUACCUCUCGGAGGAAGACGGUCAAAAGGAGGUGAUGUUUGGAAUUACUUGAAAAGAAUUUCCUUCAUAGGAAAGGGAGGUUCAACUUUGCUGGAGAAGAGCUUUGACUCCAUGCAGACUCUGGACAAAACAAUUGACUCAGACUAUGGAUCUGUUGAUGUAGAGUGCAUUAAAGACUCAAUGCCUGUACCUAAACAGACAGGUCCCGAUGUCAAAAGUAGCCACUUUAGGGGGCUGUUUAGAUUCUUUAAUAGCAUGGCUGAGACUGCUCGAAAAUGGAGGAACUCAUCCAGACCCUACUCACCUCCUGAUGGUGAAUGUCCCAGCAAUGGUUCCACAAGAACACAGCAGAAUCAAGAAUUUCUUUACACUAAGGCUAAUGCACUAAAGAGAGAGGAUGAGGCUUUAACUAAGCCUGCUAUUACCCUCGAUGAAUGUGAGGUGAUCUCACCUACUGAAGAUUUAAACAGGUCCCCACAUGUGGUUCUGAAAUCCUGGAAAGCAUGGGCGGAUUCAUCAAGCAUAAAUGGAUUCUCUGAUGGGACAGAAUCGCAACACACCUCUGCUCACACCUCUUUAGCCACUAUUGAGAACCACCAGAGAAGCGAUGGACCAGAUGGAAGUUCUCUUUCUGAGCCUGAGCUUCAGUUUGAUCUUCAUGAACAAAGUGAAUCUGAGUCUUCUGGCAUUUCAGAUAAAACUAAAGUUGAAAAAAGUGAUAUUUGCAAUGAUAUCAUUCCACACUGUCCAGAUGAAAUAUUUAAGGUUUUAGCAGGUGACUGUUGUGUGAGUGAGGGAAGUCCAAGAAGCUUCCAAACCUGUAGAACAAUGAGAUUGACCCUUAUGAAAAAGCCUUGGCACUGGCCUGCUUCAGGCUCUGUGAUCAGGCCAAGCUUUCAAUGUCCCAUCAUAAAGGAGGAGGUUGUCAACUCUGGAUCGGAGGAGCACUGUGCAACAGUGCUUCGGCCACCAGUUCCAUGGAUGCCUAAUCCUCUCAGGAGAUUCUGCUCUGUCAUAAAUGGAUAUGCACCCAUCCAGUUUGACAGAGUGCCAACGCAGCGAGCUCUUUCUCGCCCUCCUGGCAUUUCACCUCAAGACCCUCCUUUUAAAGUGGUCCUGCAGAGGUGCCAUUCAUUUCCUCUUCCACAGAAUGGCACAUCUGGAUCAAGGGUAGCCAGCUUGCCACUUGACCGAUCAGCUGAGUCUGAAAGACAGUCAACUACUGUACAGAGCAGCAAUGAAAACACAGGCCGGAGAAAAUUGCUCAGACCUGGUUCUGGACCUCUGCAAGUAAAUGUGCUGAUCAGUGGAGGGUCCAUCAUCAGCGCUGAAGCAGUAUGGGACCAUGUGGCUAUGGCUGACCGUGAACUGGCUUUUAAGGCAGGGGAUGUCAUUAAGGUCCUAGAUGCCUCCAACAAGGAUUGGUGGUGGGGGCAGAUAGAUGAUGAGGAGGGCUGGUUCCCAGCCAGCUUUGUGAGGGUUGAACCUCACCUUCCUCAACCCCAAACAAAACAGGUUUUCUAUAUCAACCCAAUAGCCACUCGAAGGUUCCAAAUCACAACAGCCAAGCUGUGGGUGAACCAGGAAGAUCGAGCCAUAGAAGCAGCUGAGGGCAGCAGUGAUGUCCAGAAUGGGCACCUGGAUGCAGGCAGUGACUGUCUUUGCCUAGGUCAACCUCUCCAGAACAGAGACCAGAUGAGGGCUAACGUCAUCAACGAGAUUAUGAGCACAGAACGACACUACAUCAAACACCUGAAAGAUAUAUGUGAGGGUUAUCUGCGGCAGUGCAGAAAGAGGAUUGACAUGUUCAAUGAUGACCAGGUAAAAGUUAUUUUUGGAAACAUUGAAGACAUCUAUAGAUUUCAAAUGGGAUUUGUUCGGGAUUUGGAAAAGCAGUAUAACACAGAGGAACCCCAUCUGAGUGAAAUAGGUCCAUGCUUCCUGGAACAUCAAGAUGGGUUCUGGAUCUACUCUGAGUACUGUAACAACCAUCUGGAUGCAUGCAUGGAGCUAUCUAAGCUGAUGAAGGAUGGACGCUACCAGCAUUUCUUUGAAGCAUGCCGUCUCCUGCAGCAGAUGAUUGACAUUGCAAUCGAUGGCUUUCUGCUGACCCCAGUGCAGAAAAUCUGUAAAUACCCACUACAACUGGCUGAGCUGCUCAAAUACACAGCGCAGGAGCACAGUGACUACCGAUAUGUGGCUGCAGCAUUAGCUGUCAUGAGAAAUGUGACCCAGCAGAUCAAUGAGCGCAAGAGGAGACUGGAGAACAUUGACAAGAUUGCACAGUGGCAGGCCUCUGUUCUGGACUGGGAGGGUGAUGACAUAUUGGACAGAAGCUCUGAACUGAUCUACACAGGUGAGCUGUCCUGGAUCUUCCAGCCUUAUGGAAGGAGUCAGCACCGAGUCUUCUUUCUUUUUGAUCACCAGCUGGUGUUGUGUAAAAAGGAUCUUAUUCGACGUGACAUCCUUUACUACAAAGGACGCAUAAACAUGGACAGGUAUGAAGUGAAAGAUGCAGUUGAUGGACGGGAUGAUGACUUCAAUGUUAGCGUCAAAAAUGCAUUUAAACUGCACAACAAGGACACUGAGGAGGUCCACAUCUUCUUGGCUAAAAAACUGGAGGAAAAGAUUCGCUGGCUUAGGGCAUUUCAUGAAGAGCGGAAAAUGGUGUUGGAGGAUGAAAAAAUAGGCUUUGAAAUUUCUGAAUAUCAGAAACGACAAGCUGCCAUGACAGUGCGUAAGGUGACCAAACAGAAAGCUCUGAAUCUGAACAGGUAUGUUUCCCCUUCAUCACCUUGCCUCCAGGAACCCAUAGCCAAAGGACAGUUUGCAUCUACCGAUGACUUGGCACAGUCCAACCUAUGUGAGAUUCAACAACUUAGACAAACUCAAUUACCAUUCUGGCAAAAUUUUGGAAGGUUAGCAUUGUUGAAAAAAUAGCAGAAAUGUUCAAAAAGUGAAAUUUAAAAACCAGAUGUUGCACUGGAUGGUCUCAUCUGCUUUGACUGCAGCACAACAGUGAAAAAUGAUGCAAGCAUUUUUAACCUUUUAAGACUGACUGACCCAUUCAUUCAAUAGUAGCAUAGUAGAACCUGCCUGUUUAAUUAGUCAUAUAUUAUUAUUACAUUUUGCAGAAACUUGAGGCAACAUUACCUGACUACCUUGUGCAAAAUAACCAAAAAUAAAAAUAAAGAAUCAUUUAGCAAUA